CAAAUACGAGAGAAACUCCAGAUCACCGUGCCUUCGCUCAGCCACAAUCACAACAGAGUAAACUUUGUAUCCGAGAGCAUCCAAAUCCUAGUGUCCAUCCCCGUGCGCUCGCGAUUGCGCAUAAUAAACCAUCUCGAGACCCUCUUUCGCUUAAUUACUUCUCUCGUCGUUUUGUUUCGCAAACUCGCCCAUCAUGCGAACGCAACCGUUUCUCUUCGCUCUAGUCGCCCUUCUCGCCUCUAACGUCAUCGCCCAAGGGAAUAACAAUGAUGACGACGCAACGGGCGACGUGACGCCAACUCCUACUCCAACGCCAACCCCAACUCCAACGCCUACUCCUACGCCAACUCCAACGCCGACGGAGACGGAUACGAACACCGAGACGGACUCUCCCACAUCCGAUCAACCCUCCGAGACCCCGACGGAAACGUCGACCGAGUCUAGUGCUACAACGGAGCCUUCGUCCACCGAUACUCCUCCACCUAUUACCACUUCAACUUCAUCCGAUGGUGAUGGACCGCUUCCUACUCUCCCUGGUCAAUAUAGUUAUCCCGCCCCUUCCGUUCCUCCUACGAAUAAUGCCCCGUUUAUGCAGCCGUCAAGCGUACCGGAAGGGACCGUAUUCAUCGCAGUCGGAGCCAUCCUAGGUGCUUUCGGGGUUGCUGUCUUGGUAUGGCGCGCGGUCGUCGCUUGUCUUCUGCACCGCUCGGUUAAGAGGGCGGCAUUGGCUCAGCAACUUGCUAACGACAAGGCUACCUUUCCGCCGCAACCGCCACCGUUCUAUAAGUAUACCGACCAGGCAUCUUCGGCCUCGCUUGGUAACGGCGGGUCAGGUCGUGGCGUGCGAAGAACAACGCGGGGACCCAUCCCCUCGCAAACCCCGAGCCAGUCCAAUCUUUUCUUUUCGCCCACUGCUCCUACUGCGUCCGGCGGUAAUCGUGAAUCCCGGUUCUUACCCUCCGGUUUCUAUGCCGCCGGGGCGGGUUCUCCGCAGGGCCAUAGUCAUAAUAUUAGUCUGACGAACUUGCGGCCUGAUUCGCGCGGUCACCCGCGACCUCUUGGACACACCCCGCCCGAGUCUCCCAGUCUGGCACCUCGUGGGACUUUAGCACAACGAAACAUGAGCGCGAGCUCGCUGAAUCUAAACCGACCACCCAGCGGACGGGCACCUAGCGCUUUCUUGGAAGAUUUAUUAGACGACCCGAAAAAUCAGUUCCCACCACCUAGCCACCACCAGACCUGGAGUUCAUCACAACCCCGGCAUUAGAUAUCUGGCAAGGGGUCUGCUUCAGCGGAGU